AUGGAUCGCAACGUGAAGAGUCUCAAGGAACUGAUCGCUCUUCACGGCGAGAUAUACGGCCAUGAUGUGCUGCCUGUGCUCACGUUCAUGGAGCAAAGCCCAUCUCCUGCUACCGGACCUCCUAUCGUCAAUGCACCAUCGGUCACCCAAGCACCUCCAGUUCCAGUCGCCACCGCCACAGCCUCGAACGCAGUCGUUGUCACUGCAAGCGUACCCCCUGACACUAACUCCGAGUCCGCUGUAUCUGAAGACACUGAGUCUGACUUCGCCGUCCCCGACGACAUCAGCUCCGUUGGCUCUCGCAGCGACUCGUUCUACUUCGGCCACGAAACUUCUGAUGCAGCAUCCGACACUUCGUCUUCGCCAACCAUCAUCGGCGACUCCGCCUCUGUUCACUCCCCAACCGACGAGAGCUCCGAGACGGAGGCUCAUCAGCGUGCUAUGCGCCACAUCGAGAUGGCGAAGCGUGUGGGCAACCGGGUGAGGCUCUACAAGCAUUUGGAGAGUCUCGUCACGUCCUGGAUCGAGCGACAAGCAUCGGAAGUGAUGCAACCUGAAGAGCUCGAGAGAAGCCGCUCGGUUCGUGGCCUCUAUCGCCGCAUCAACCGCAUCUUCGACCCGCGUCUCAGACCCAUUCGGAUCCCACAGAUCAUCAUCCAGAUCUGGGCCGAUGUCCUUCAGCUUCGAUUCGACGUUGCCGAGGAGUACAUCCGGGAGCAGAUGCUCCACCCAUCACCCGAGCUCGAGGCGGCCAAUGGUCGCCAUGACUACUUCCGGGAGACCUCGCUCUGGGGCCUGGGCAAGCUCAACCAGUACUAA